UGCAUGGUGGCUAUAGUGAAUGGUCCAAGUUUAGUGAAUGCAGUCAGACCUGUGGUAAUGCGACUAAGAUAAGAACGCGCAAUUGUACAAAUCCUGUACCAAAACAUAGAGGCAGAGAUUGUUCACUUCUUGGACCAGAUCAUGAAAUACAAUACUGUAAAAUGCCUCAUUGUCCAGUCCAUGGUGGAUAUGAGUGGACAACAUUUUCGAGAUGUACAGAAAGUUGUGGUACUGGAGAAAAGUACCGYCAUCAAACGUGYACAAAUCCUAAACCUGCACAUGGCGGAAGAGAAUGUUCACCGUCUCCACUAAAAGAAACCCAGGCUUGCAAUACAAACCCUUGUCCUGUAGAUGGCAAAUUUACUGCAUGGUCCGAAUACAGCAACUGCACUAAGUCUUGCGAGAAUGGAACAAAGUUUCGGUAUCGUAAUUGCACGAACCCUGCACCACAGCACGGAGGGCGAAAAUGCCAGGGGGCAACUUUAGAGGUUAUUGAAUGCAAUACUCACAAAUGCCCCAUUAAUGGUGGCUUCACACAGUGGUCGAAMUUCACGGAAUGUUCGAAAUCGUGCGGGAAUGGCACAAAGUUUCGGUAUCGUAAUUGUACGAACCCYAUUCCAAAAUUUAAUGGAAAGAACUGYGUGGAUUAUUUAGGKCCGGACAACGAGACUAUUUUAUGCAACACCCACUAUUGUYCCAUCGAUGGUGGGUUUACUAACUGGACAGAAUUUAGUAACUGCUCGAAAUCAUGCGGRAAAGGCACUAGAUUUCGCUACCGCAAUUGCACCAAUCCAUCUCCCCAACACGGAGGGAAGAAUUGCUCUGGAAAAAAUUAUAUAGUAGAAUUAUGUAACACACAUAAAUGCCCAAUCGAUGGUGGCUACACUGAUUGGUCGAAUUUCACUGAAUGCACAGUGUCAUGCGGUAAUGGCACAAAAUCUAGACAUAGAAAUUGCACAAAUCCUGUUCCUAUGCACAAUGGAAAGGAUUGUUCACUAUUGGGGCCAGCAAAGGAAACCCAAUUAUGUAAUACUCAUCACUGUCCAAUACACGGUCAAUAUACACAAUGGUCACAAUUCACUAACUGUUCGAAAUUGUGCGGAAAUGGCACUAAAUACCGCUUUCGUAGUUGCACCAAUCCUGUUCCKCAGUAUGGUGGUAAUAACUGCUCUGAAUUUGGGGAUAGUAUAACGAUUGUUGCAUGUAAUGUUCAUGAAUGYCCUAUUCAYGGCGGCUUCUCUUCCUGGUCAAAUUUCACAGAAUGUUCUAAAUCGUGCGGAAAUGGAACYAAGUAUAGAACUCGCAAUUGCACUAACCCAGCUCCAAAGCACGGUGGUAGAAACUGCUCUGGGUCUUUAAAUGAGACCUUGUUUUGCAAUUCGUUUCCUUGUCCUAUUGACGGGGGCUACACCGAAUGGACAGAUUUYAGUAAUUGCACAAAACCAUGUGGCAAYGGAACAAGGUUUCGAACUAGAGAGUGUACAAAUCCACCACCACRACACGGUGGAAAAGAGUGCUCCAUUCUAGGAGCUGAAAUAGAGACURCUUUUUGCAAUAGGCACUUUUGUCCUAUUAACGGAGGCUAUACUGAAUGGUCAAGUUAUAGCGAAUGUUCCAAAACAUGUGGCUAUGGGGAGCAAGUCCGCCUCCGUCAUUGUACUAACCCUACCCCACAGCACGGUGGUGAGGAUUGUAGUUCGCUUGGAGCACCGAAACAAGAGAGAGAGUGCAUGGAGAGAGAAUGUCCAAUUCACGGUGGAUAUAGCCCAUGGUCACCAUUUGGGAAAUGCUCAAAAUCAUGCGGUUCUGAUAUUGUAUUUAACAUAACGCUCAAUUUAACCCGCCAAACGUGGAGAAACAGUCUGGCAAGCCCUUCAAGUGAAGCGUUCAUGAGUCUGAAGUAUUCCAUCCAAACCCAAAUURAAGSUUUGUACGSARRGCAAAAGAAGAUAUCAAAGGUUGAAGUGUGGAGGAUAAGAUAUGACCUAUGUGAUCUUGUCAACAGGAAAGGCAGUGUGUUAGUAGACAUUCUUCUCAAGUACUACAGUGAAYUAUACAAGGGUAUAACCGUUCUCCAAGACGCAAUAUACAGGAAGAAACAACUGGGCAACUUUCAAGUGUCACCAGUACGUCUCUUCACAGAAGAUGUCCCUUUUGCAGCACCACGAAAUGUUUCAGGUCACAACAGCAGUUCCUCCAGCAUCUUCCUGUCAUGGGAACCAGUCUCUCRCGGAUUUACAAACGGAAACAUAACCGSCUAUCGAAUCAGUUACACACAAGCUAGUACUGCUARUACYAGGKUACCACGUGAMAUCUCUAAAGAACWCACAGAAAGUGUCCUKGUACCAAAUCAACUGAACUAUGUCGUCAAAGAUUUGAAGCAAUUUGCUGACUAUGAAUUUCGUGUUGCUGCCAAAAAUCAGCGAGGGAUUGGUGUGGAUAGUGAUCCAGUUGUCAUAAGAACAGACCAAGGCAAGCCUUUCAAACCGCCACCAUCACUGAACGCCCAGAACACAAGUUCCCAAAAUGUAACUGUUUACUGGUCUGCUAUUCCCGAACAAGAUAUACCUGGAUAUCUCCAAGGAUACCACAUAUAUUAUAGCCCUGCAGAAAAUAAAACCGCAAAGAAGAACAUCAUGUCAGUUGAUCGCGAUGAAAGAAGUGUACWGCUCACAGAUCUCGAAAAGUACACUUUGUACACGAUACAUGUCAGYGGCUUUACCAUCAAAGGAGACGGACCCAUUGCAAAGACGCACGUGCGAACAGACGAAGAUGUACCCAGUAAACCUCCCCAAAACGUGACUGCACAGAAUACCAGCUCCACGAGCAUCAUGGUUAAGUGGAGACCGAUACCAAAACAGUUUGUACAUGGAAUACUUCGAGGCUACAACAUUAGCUAUCACGUGACAGAGAAGUCUYCCGUAAUCGAGUGGGAGUGGGUAGACGUCCAGGGGACUUUAACACAGGGACGAAUUAACGGUUUGGAGAAAUUUACAGAAUACGUCGUUCAGGUUAGCGCUUACACAGUGAAGGGAGAAGGGCGGCCAUCAAAGGCAGUGAAUGUCUGGACUGAUGAAGAUGUUCCUGAUGCAUUUCCAACCAACUUGACCGGUUUCAACACAAGCUCUACAGAGUUGUACCUUGAAUGGUCACAUUUAAAAGAUAAAGAAUGGAAUGGUCGAGCAGUUGGAUACAAGAUAUUCUUCAAUGCCAAAAGAGGAUACAAAAAACAAGAAGUGACAAUAAACGCGCACACUUCGCACACCACAUUGGAUAAACUUCUUAAAUUCACAUGGUACAAAAUUCAAAUUGCUGCUUUCACAAGCAAGGGCUUGGGACCAAGAUCUCCGGAAAUUGAAUUGCGAACGUCUGAAGAUGUUCCAAGUAGAUCAGUCAUAGAGGUCAAAGCAAGAUUCACUAGUCACACAAGCCUUCUUGUAGAAUGGAAAUCGAUCCCYACCAAAUACAUUCAUGGMAUUUUACGAGGCUUUAGAAUYGAAUACUGGGUUGCUGCUAAUAACAAAGACCAGAAAAKGAAGAAAACAGGAUCCAAAGCUCGAAGUUUGGAGCUGAAGAAACUAUUGAUUUACACCAAAUAUGCCAUACAAAUUCUAGGAUUUACUUCAGCUGGAGAAGGAGAAAAAAGUUACAUCGUUUACGCAACUACAGAUCAAUAUACACCAGGAGCACCCCCACAAAAUCUACAAGCUUUCAACAAAAUCAGCCCAACCAAGAUCCUCGUCCAGUGGGAGCCAAUCAAAAAGCCUUACGAUGUCCAUGGCAUUCUGCUCGGAUAUAAAGUCUACUACAAACCAGUGCAGGUGUCAAAUCAGACCAUCGAAGAGCCACAACUCUUUAGAGAGAUAGUUAUAGAAAAACCUAAUCAGAUUUCUUUAGAAAUAAGGAAUUUGAGUGCAUUUACACGGUAUCGUAUUUACGUGCUGGCGUUCACUAUAAAAGGAAAUGGAGUACCGACUAAGUCCAUUUUGGCAGAGACGUGCAACUGCCACCGAAUGCUUCACACCAAUUGGUGGCCCAGCCCGCCAUACGUGGAAAAACCAGGUUCACUCAAUAAUUCAGGAAUCAUUCCACCAGUCUUAGAGAACGCAGUUAAGAGAUGUUGUSAAGACUGUGCCGAAUUUGGGGAAACAAAAGUUAAUUACACGAAAACACCAUAUGGCAAGUCAGCCAUGAAGAAAGGGCUGCAACAAUUCAAGGAAAAUAUCGACGACGGAGAAUUGAGUUUUCCUGUGUAUGGCUUCAUGGAUCAAAAAGUUUAUUCAGGSUCGUAUGGUUUUGCUCCUUUGGUCAAGUCCCCAGGAGUAGCGAUGAUUAUUAUCGGAGAUGAAGAAGGMACGGCWGCGAUGAUGCUGAUUAGGUCGAUUAUACUGUGCUGGCCGAUAGUCUUUCUUGAUAUUAUGCUGCUUUGGRUUCUUAGUAUCCUUAUCUGGUUCGUGGAAACAUUCAACAAUUCUCGACACUUUCCACAUAACAUGCUACAAGGAACAUGGGAAGGAAUGUGGUGGGCGUUUGCUUCCAUGACAACACUCGGUUAUGGAGACCGCAUUCCUCGGACACCCAUGGGUCGCAUUAUUGGUAUCAUAUGGAUCCUAAUUGGAGUAAUUCUAAUUGCAUGUUUCAACUCUACCAUGACUUCCGUCCUUACUUCUCGCAUAUUAGACAAAGAAAGCAUGUUAUAUGGGACCAAGAUUGCAGCCAUUCAAAACUCAUCCGAAUACAGAUUUGCUGUGCGAAAAAAUGCCAAUGUCAACCCUAACGGUAAAAAGUACUCGAAUCUAGAUGAAAUAUACCAAGCACUGACCAAACGUGAAGUGAAAGGUAUUCUGAUAGAUGCCUAUACAGCAGGAAGCAGAGCCGAACUCUUUAACCGAUCAGACAUUAGAAUCAGUAAGCUGUACGACUACUCGUCCGCGUAUGGAGUCGUCCUUGGAGGUGAAAGCAAAAAGCUACAAAAGUGCUUCCAUAGCUAUCUCAAUGAACAUCGCUCAUUUGUAUCUGAAAUAAUCCAGAAAAACACGAAGACUAUCAAGGAAUCAGGCAGGGCAUUGAGUGUACAGAGGUCACAGGGUCUCUUUGACCCCAGAUUUCCAACUUAUCUCAAGUCAGUCAUCGUCUGUGCUUCAAUACUGAUCCUGCUAUUUCUAGUUGGAGCAAAAUUUUCUUGUGCAAAGAAAUUUGGAUGGAUUGCAAGUACAGGGAAGUCAAAAAAGUACCAACGAGCCACAACACACGAAAUGCUUCUCGACAAAAAGAUGUUACGCAAUGAAAUGUCAUUCAUUGUUGAGGUAUUUUUUAGAAACUGUCAACAGCGAAUGGCCUACCUAAAGUACAAACACCUAAAAGAACUACAACUACUUACAAAACUUAAAAAGGAACAUGACUACGGACCUGUACAGAAAGGAUCAUUCACAAAGAAUAAUUUGUGGUCUGUCCAGUGCAACCCUAAAGGAAAUAUGUUUUCUUCAAUAUUGUUUAAGAGACAUCAAAAUGUAAGAAGUGGCCAAGCAAAUGGCUUCUCAUUCAAAGGAUUUAAAAAGUCGAGAGAAAAGGAGACAAUAGUCUGAUAUUCAACGUAUUUUUGAUAGAAAGAUAUUCGUUCAUUUAUACUAAAAAGUAGCUAAUAAUAAUAGACUUGCUUACUUUGAUAACUGCCAAAAAUCCUGAUCAAUCAUUAUUAUUAUUAUAAUAUUGUGAAGAGUUAUUGUUGUCCUGAAGAAUUGCUAAAGAUUACAGUAAGAAAGGUCAGAGAGAUGUGCAUAACAUAACUCCUUCAUUAUUAUACCUCAUAGAAACUUUGAAUUUUUAUGAAACACUGGACAAGCAUUUGUUGAUCAAGUAACAUCUCCACAGAGAAGAAAACUUGUGAAUGUUUGAAAAAUAAUCUUUAAAAUUAAGACAAAAUCUAAAUCCUUGAAUACUAAUAAAGUGAACAGUUUUACAA